AUUUAAAUUAGUAUCAUAAAAUUUUAUAAUGUGUAAUUCAUUUGGUACAACUAAUAGUUAAAAUGUAAUAGAAGUAAUUUUUGGUGUGCUUUUUGUAAACUUUUUGUGGUAUAGAAAUUACUACAACUAAAUUAAAUUCAACACAAAUUUAAGAAGUUCAGCAACUGAUUCCGAUGUUAACAGAUUAAAAAAGUUUUGAUGUAAAAAAAAAUUGUCUUCUAUUAAUUAAAAUGCCGGAAAGCAAAGGGAAAUCACAUCCAGUCAUGAAAUCAGUACCUAAAAAUGAGACGAAAGUGGAUGAUACCUCUUUAAAAUAUUCAGUACGGGAACGAGCAAAAAUGUUUGAAAACUUACUGGAUCAAAAUACGUCACCUAAGGACUUCAAAUGCAGUUGUCAACAUUCAAAGAAAGUUAUAUAUAAUGACAUCAAAAAGAACUCUAAUAAAAGUGCAAUUUUGAAUCAGAAAUCUGAGCCAUCCCGUUUUCCAUUGUCCGAAAGGCUUCGUUUCUUCAACGAACUCGGUAAAGACGUAAAGUAUCAAAGUUCGAAUGUACCAAUGUAUAGUUCUGGUGGUACUGACAUCAAAGGAAUAAAAUUUGAUACCAAUAAAAGUUAUGUUCAGCAAAGCACACCUUUAGAAGUAUCAAAAUUUAAAAGUAAAAAUGCAAUCACAGUAAUUCCAAAAGUUGGUAAAAAGGACUCAACCCGAGCCAAUACCACGAUAGUAGAUAAGAAAUCUUUUGAUUUAGCCUUAAGGUGUAAGCGUUCAAAAACAGGCUUAACAAAUGCAUCAAGAACGCCUCUUUCACUAAUUAUGCCAAAUGAAAUGCCAAGCAGUCAUGUUUCAUCUGUGCUGAAGUUGAAAUCGCAAUCUAACUCCUCAUUGUAUUUUUCUGAUGCUCAAAAGCACAAUAGUAAUGAAAAUGUGUUUCCCUCAAAGAUUAAUACGAGAAGCGGUUCGAAUGACUUCAUAAAGAAACCAAUAGAAAAAAUAAAACCACAUACUAUUGGAAAUAAUGUUCGCUACAAAGAAGAGCAGCUAACAAAAGGAUUUAAUCAAUUUUUAAAGCAUAAGAAUACUUUCGCAGGAAAUACGAAGUCUACCAGUUAUAAUGUUGAUAGAUUCGACAAUAUAAAUGUGCGUCAAAAAAUAGAGAGUUUCAAUCAUUUGUACAAAUCACCUUCUCCUGUCUUAUUAGUCAGCAAUAAUAAUGUAUUUUGUGUCAACUGUCAAAAACAGGCACAAAUUGUUGAUGAACGAUAUGCUAAAUAUUUUGGCAUCAAGCCAUCAAAUGUGGGAAGGAAGAAUCAAACACAGACAUCACAAUUAAAAAAAAUAGUUGGUCAAGAUGACCAGUUCAAACGUGUAAAUUCUGCAUAUUCUAAUAAAUCCGUUGACUCAUAUGUUACUGCUCAAGGUUCAAUAAUGAGUUCAAAAUCUUUAGCUAAGCAAAAGACUGUAUCAAAUUUCCAAACUGCAAGUUCCGUUUGUAAGAAAAAUAAAUUCCAGAAAAGUCCAGCUGUGAUAUAUGACGAUCUUAAGCCAAUAACAACAUUUGAUCAAAUUAUUAUUACAAAAGAGGAACUUCUCUCUGCUGAAGCUGAUUUUGACCGUUUAUUCCACUUUGAAAUAUGAAACAACACUGACACGAAAGCUAUCAAGAUAUAGCAGAGACAUUAAACAGCAACUACAGGACACGAGGGAAUCUUGGAAAGAAGCUCAAUGUAUGUGUUCCACUUGAAUUAAAGAAAAGAAAUUUGAUUGAUAGAAUAAACAGCAGUAAAAUACUGCUCAAACGUAACGAAAUGGAACCAUUUUUGAAGCAAAUCAUUACGAGAGAAGGAAUAUGGUUGAAAUAUGACAAUACCCAAUGCAAGUGAUCAUGGUCAAAGAUCGUUGACACUCCGCAAACAAUUUCAAAGACUGGAUUGACGCCAAAAAAGGUUUUGUUCAGUGUUUGGUAGAAUUGGAAGGGAGCUGUCAAUUACGAGCUGCUAUAGCCUGGUGAAACAGUUAACUCGGUCAUUUACUGCUUACAACCUCGACUGUAUGGACGAUACAAUUAAAAGUCUAACUCGACAAUGUCAGGCCGCACACAACUUUAAUGACUUGAAAUGCAUUAAGGAAAUUUGAUUGGGAAGUUUGAAUGCAUUGACCGUAUAGUCCAGACCCUGCACCAGUUGACUACUGUUUGUUGCGAUGAUUGCAAAAUUUUUUUCAAGGUAAAAAAUUGGCUAGCCGAACAGUUGCUUAAAAUCACUUGACGAAGUUUUUCACCGAUCAAUCACAGAACUUCUAUAGAAGCUACCAGAAAAACAGUAACAGAUUAUAAAUAA